AUCGGCUUUUGUAUAAAAGGGCCGUCGCCCGGUACAUCCAGCAUAAGCUUAUCUACUUUCGAGAAGUAAACGAGCUACUCACUCCCAACCCAAUCAACAUGUUCAAGUUGGCUGUUCUCGCCGCCAUCCUGGCUGUCGCCACCGCCGCUCCCGGCGGUCUGACCGGUAUUAUCGCCGACCAUGCAGUUGGGCCGAUCACCGCUCCCCUGGUUCUCAGCCACGCUGCGCCUCUGGCCGCCGCCCACGUGAUCGCCCAGCCCGUGGCACCCGUCAUCCGCACCGCGCCCAUCGUCACCAAAUCCGUGCUGACCGCCGCCCCCCUGCCCCUCCUUGCCGGCCAUGGCCCGUUGCAUUAGA